GUCAAUUGCCUGUCAAACACUAAAUAAACAACAGAGAAGGUUAAGUUGUUUUUGUUGAUUAUUGUGGUUUUCUAAUUAUUGCAUUUUUAUUAAAAAUGGACGAAAAUGGUAAUGUGUAGUUGUAAAUUUUGAUUUUAGUCGCAAACUAAACAAUGCAUAACAAUGGCGAACUAUAUACUGUGGACAUGCACCAUCGUCCUAUUCAUUUACAACAUCUUUGGCCUAUAUUUUCUUUUAAUGCUCAUUUUUUCUAUCACCGCUCUUCUGUUGGGAAUUUUUUCAUUGCUAUAUGUUGAAGAAGGACACAUCGAAAAUUUUUAUAAAAGUUGUGCCAAUAAUCCAUUAACUUCUAAAGACAUUUCCGAAGGAGGUUUAAGAAAAAUUACAAACAAUUUUUCUAAUCCAAGCAAAACUAUAAAAGUUGAUAAGAGGGUAACAGGGAGUGAAAUUAUAGAUACCUCUUUACAAGAGAUUUUGGGUUAUGUGAUACGAGACUAUGUGUUACCUUGGUAUACUAUUGUAACAAAUGACAAAGAUUUUCCCGAAUUUGCUAUUAAAAGGACUGCUCAAGCAUUAGCUAUUAAUAUAUCCAACAGGAUAAAAGAAAUAGAUUGGAUUCCAUAUUUGACAACACGCUUAGUAGAUGAUGGUGCAAGUCAUUUAAAACUUUUUAAGCAAGCUUGUUAUAGAAUUGAACAGUUUAAUAAAUUUGAAUAUCAUAGGGAUUCACCAUCAAGAGAUAAAUAUUCUUCUAAAAAAUCUCAUAAAAGAACUAAAAGUGAAGCAGAUGUAGGAUAUUGGAGUACAAAAGAAAAUGAAGGUGGAAAGCGUGAAUUGGAAAAAUCACAAUCAAACACCAAAGAGCCAAACAAAAAGUAUUCGCUUGAAGAUAAUUUUUUUGAUUUGGAAUGCCAAAUGGAAAAAAAAUUACUUUGUAGAGAUUCUGUAUGCAUGAACCCUGAUAAAGAAAAAGAAUACCUUUUGGAAUUAACAGAACUUCUGUUAUACCUACUUCUUCCUGAUGAAGAUUUUCAAUGUAAACCUUUACAGUAUCUCUUAAGAGAAAUUUUAGUCAAUUGUAUUUUUUUACCUUUGUUUAAUAUGAUUUGUGAUCCAGAUUUUAUCAACCAAUCCCUUAUUUGGCUGUGUUUUAGAGAAAAUACGCCUUUAAGUGAAAUAUUUAUUACUACAAUCAGACUCUCCAAUAGUGCUCUUGAACUUAAAUAUUCUAAAGAGAUUGCAAAUAGAGAAAUACAAAACUUGCGUUCAAGGGAUUGUGGUGGAGAGAAUGAUAUGAUAGUCAAACAACAAUUAAGUAGUUUGGCAUAUGUAAAAAAAUUAAUUGAUAACCGACUGCAGAAGAUUGACAAUAUGGAAAUAUUAGUUACCCCAAGUUGCACAAGCGAAUUAGAAACAAUUGAAAAUGUAAAAAUAAAACUACCGUUAGAUAUUAUUCUAAAAAAUAAUAUUGCACUGUCUUACUUUAUUGAUUAUGUUUCCAAGACAGAUUAUCAAGUUUAUCUUUUCUUCUAUCUUAAUGUUGAAGGAUGGAAAACUUCAGUAGAGCAGCAGUUAUCUGAUUUACACUUAAAUAAAUUUAAAAAUCCAGGUGAAAGUGUAUCACAUGCUUAUGAUAACAUUCGUGCAACUGCUUUAAAUAUUUUUGAACAAUAUUUAAGUGAAAAAGAUGAACAAAAAGUUCAACUAUCAUCGUCUUUGGUGCAAACUUUAUUUUUUAAAAUAAGAAAUUUAACUGAACAGCCUUCUGAGUUAUGGUUUGAUGAAGUGAGAGACGCCGUUUAUAAAAAAAUGCAGGAAGAAAUAUUGCCACAGUUCUAUUACAGUAAAACGUAUUUAAGACUAUUGGAAGAAUUGGAUUUACUACAGUAUCAUACUGCAGAUGAAGACAGUUUGAGUUUUAGUAGUCUCGAGAUUGUGGAUUCCUCGGGUGAUGAGAAAUACAACAGCGUUAGUUCAAAUAUGACAGACAGCAGAGUUCAAAUAAUAAGCGGCAAUAACCCUUUAAAUUCACAUUGCUUGGAUGACAGUCAAAAACCAACCAAGCAUACCCGAUCGUUUAGUGAUAUUACUGAUUUUAAUAUAAGAAACGUUGAAGAGCAACUUUUCGACUCUAGUCAGAAUGGAGAUUGCAUAAGAGAAGAUAAUGAAAAACAAUUACUAAACUUAAAAAACGGACCAUUUACUCUAGACGCGAGGAUAAUUGAAACAGGAAUUGUAUGUGAAAAAGGAAAGACAUUCGGAGUAUAUGCUAUUCACGUAAAAUGUAGUUAUGAAAGCAGUUAUAUAGAAGAAUGGCACAUUUACAGACGAUACAGUGAUUUUUAUGAUCUUCAACACAGAAUUAAAGAAAAGUUCCCAAAUUUAGCAAAGUUACCUUUCCCUGGGAAAAAGACAUUUCACAACAUGGAAAGGUCUGUAUUGGAAAAAAGAAUGCAAAUGUUAGGUUUUUAUCUCAAACAGUUAUGUAGAUCAGAUGUUCUUACUGCCCAUCAUGGCUUACAAACUUUAUUAAUGAAUUUUUUGGAACAAGGAGACUAUGAUAAAGUAACUUCAGGGGGACCCAUCUCUCAUACAAUUGAUACAAUAGUUAAUCCAUUUAAAUCUGGAAUAAAAACAAUCAGGAAUGUUCCUGAACAAUUGAUAAGUACAGUAGAUGAGGUUGUGGAAGGUAUCAGUAAAGUAUUUCAAACUAAAAACCAGAAUCAAGAGUCAUCUAAAGUAGGGGCUUCCUUAGACACCGAGAGCGGCGAUAAUAUUCCAUUAAGAAUAAUGUUACUCCUCAUGGAUGAAGUAUUUGAUCUUAAAUCUCGAAAUCAGUGGCUAAGAAGGAGAAUCGUAGCACUCUUAAGACAGAUUAUACAUACAAUGUUUGGAGAUAUUGUAAACAAGAAAAUUUUAGAUUAUGUUUCUUAUAUGACCAGUCCCAAAAACGUGGCACAUUAUUUGCAGGCGUUCAAGUAA